UUAUUUUCUCCGGUGUUGUGGCCGUCGCGUCCGGCGGCGAUGGGAGCGAGUCGUCGCCUGGGCGGAGCGGGAUGGCCGGCACAGCUGCGCGUUGCCUUCCUUGUUGGGCCUCUACGGGCCGGGCCGGACCUAGAGGUCGAGACAGGCCUUUCCUACUUUGUUGGACAGGGCUCGGCCCACCGCCUGCGAAACGGAACAUCUGUGUCGGCUGAACUGUCGAGCAAGACUUCAGACCGAGUGAGCGCACCGCCGGCUCCCUAUCUCCGCUCUGCCGCGCCGCCGCAGAUGGCCGGAGCCACCUCGCCGGCAGUGCGCGCCCUAGUCAGCCGCUGGCUUCCUCCACUCCUCCUCCUCUUCCUCCACGGGAUUUUGGUGUGUUAUCAAUUUAGGUGCUGCAGCUGUGGUGCUGUCGAGAGGGAGAGAACUCUUGCGAUGAUCAAGCCGGAUGGUUUGUCUGGGAACUACACUGAAAAGAUCAAGACGGCCAUCUUGGAUUCUGGAUUUCAUAUUGUCAAAGAGACCCAGGUCCAGCUUGAUGCUGAGAGGGCAUCUCUCUUCUAUGCGGAGCAUUCUGGGAGAAGCUUCUUUGACUGCCUGGUCAAGUAUAUAACAAGUGGUCCAGUUCUUGCUAUGGUUCUGGAAAGGACUGAUGCUGUUGCACAAUGGCGUGCUUUGAUUGGGCCAACUGAUGCAAGAAAGGCUAAAACUUCUCAUCCAAACAGCAUUAGAGCAAUGUGUGGGUUGGACUCAGAGAAAAACUGUGUGCAUGGUUCAGAUUCACUAGAAUCUGCAGCCAGAGAGAUUUCGUUUUUCUUUGGAGAGGCUGAUUCUGAAACUGUGGAACAUGAUGAGCUUUAGACACUAAGCUGGUAUUAGUGAAGGCAGUAAAUUGAAACUUGAUGGCUCCUUUGAACUCGUAGUUGACGAAACUUCAAGUGAAUCAGAUGGUGCUGCUCUGGACUCCACAUUACAAUUGUUGACCUGGUAACUUCAUAUACAGAGUUCUGAAAGAAUUGAUCUGCAGAUUUUGAUUGCUGAAGAUUAGGAUGGUUUGCCAGAAACCAUCACUUGCUCUGUUACAAUGACAGAUAUGUUUGACUGCACUGGACGCAAUUAGAUCUUAGAAUUGAUUCUGGUUUACCAGAAACUGUCACUUGGCAGUGCUUCAUUUCAAGAUGCAGUCCAUCACUUGGUUUCCAUGAAAUGGGGACAAGAGAAUUGUCAGUUUGUCCAAGAGCGGAUGUUAAGGAUCAGAAAUUUGGUCUAAUGUAAUUAUCCAUAGUUUGUGCGUGAGUGCACGCUCAGCGUUGUAACAUGCAAUCUCUGAUAAGCCUACUGAGUGCGGGCCGACAAAUUUGCUUGUUGAUCUGUCUCCUAGAUGGAAUUUCGCUGCACGACCGUUCCAGCAA